GUAGAUCACGGAGACCCCUGUAAUGGGCAGGAGGCCACCUAUUGCAUGAAUGGAGGGACAUGCUAUAAAAUACCUUCCAUGAAUACACUCUCCUGUGUGUGCAAUGAAAGUUACAAAGGCAGCAGAUGUGAGCAAUUGCAGCUCUUCAGCAGUGCCACCAAUGGAGGACACGCCGGGUUAAUUGCAGCCGUGGUCAUUGUUGCCCUCCUCAUCUUAGUAGCGCUGGCAGUUGCUAUCUACUACAUACGCAAGGUGUUGAAAGCCAAGCAGCAGAGCCAACAGAGCAAUCAGCAAGAGUAUUGGAGAGUAAAACCGAGAGUAUGAUUUUCCUAUUCAUGUACUGUACAUUUAUUUUCUCUCGUGGUUACGUGCUGGACGGGAUGGUGAAAUAAGUCUUAGACAUGAGUUUCAGUUGUCCUUGCUGUUUUGGUUAUGAAUAUGGAGGACUAGAAACAGUAAAAGAACUGCACUGACUUUAACUAGCCAAAGGUCAAGGAAAACAAGAUCAAGAGCUGAUCGCUGAAUUAUC